CAUUAUAAACUUCGGGGAGGUUUAGCAGUGCGUCGAGCCUGCUAUGGCGUCCUCCGCUUCAUUAUGGAGAGUGGUGCUAAGGGUUGUGAGGUGGUGGUGUCCGGUAAACUCAGAGGCCAGCGAGCCAAGUUGAUGAAGUUUGUGGAUGGCCUGAUGCUCCACAGUGGAGACUCUGUAAACUACGAUGUCGGUACAGCUGUGCGCCACGUCCUUCUCAGGCAGGGUGUGCUGGGUAUGAAAGUAAAGAUUAUGUUGCCUUGGGACCCAAGUGGGAAGAUUGGACCCCAGAAACCCCUGCCAGACCAUGUCAGCAUUGUAGAGCCCAAGGAAGAGAUCUUACCCACCACACCCAUCUCAGAGCAGAAACGUGGCAAACCAAAACAGCCAGCCAUGCUUCAGCCUGUUCCCAAUGCAUCAUGGGAAUUUUUCAACACUUGGAAUGAGAAGGUGGACUGUGACCCAUGA